AUGGAGAGCAACGAGAAUUUAGUCCUGACAUUUUAUAACCCUAAUGUUCCCAAAGUCAAGGGGAACAGGAAGUACCAAAGGCCUACUCUCCCCACCAACAAACACCCGAGUGCCUCAAUGCCUCUCCGGAGGCGACAGCAGCACGUGAGUCAGACACACACCUACCUCCGGAUGUUCUGUGGCAGCCUCUCGGGCUUCAGCCUCUUCUUGACCCUCUGCAUGAGCCCCCUGAGCUGGGUGCAGUUGCUGGUGAUCAAAGAUGGUACGGAGCUCUACGCGGGACUCUGGACCCUGUGCAGCCACGAGUUGUGCUGGACUCACACACCCAAGCCGCCCUAUUACCUCCAAUUUUCCAGGGCUGCCUUCAUCCUCUCCAUCCUCACCAUACUUGUUGGCCUUGGCUGGCUCUUAUUCUCUUGCCUCCCCAGAAGAGGAAGUGUGGUCGCCAACUUGGAUCUGAAGGUAUCCAUGCUCAGCUUCAGCUCAGCCUCCUGCUUGCUCAUAUGCCUCAGCCUGUUCCUGGAACAUGUGAACUGGCAUUGCAAAGAUGUCAUGGAGUCAGAUUUCCUAUGGACUUAUUAUCUGAACUGGUGGAGUGACUUCUUAUACACAUUUGCUGGCAUCAUCGGUUUCCUCAACUACAUUUCUAUCAUGUCUCUUCCCUCGGACCAAAAGGCCUCCAUGCCUCACCCCGUGGAGAAGUCCCGCCUGGGGAUUGGUCCUGCGAUGACAGAGGUGCCUGAUGAUGCCAAGGAGUCAGGAUCUUCUAUAGAAGCUAAAGAUGAAACUUGA